AUGGAAUCGAUGCUUUGCAAGUUCAAUGAUAACAAACAAAGCUUAGGAAAUGGAUCCAGCACAUAUUUCAGUGACGUACCCGCAUUGAAAGAUUGUUUUUUUAGCGUACGCCCACGACAGAUCAUUGAGCUGUCGUCUUUCGAGAACAAAACCCGGCUUCUUCACCUACUCGAUGAGAUAAAUGGCAAGCCAGAAGCCAAGCUUCAGGGAGGAGAAGAGGGAAUCAACGAAGAUGAGCCUCGGUCCCUACCCUUAGGCGAGAACCGGAAUACUGGGCAUGAAGCGGUCAACGACGGAAUCGGUGUGGCACUUGAGCAUCUGGGAAAGCGAGCCAUCCUGCCGAAAGUAUUCGCGCAUGUUUUCAUCGUUCGUUUCGCUGCCACGCUGGUCUCAGGUAAUUACUUGACUCCUCGAGUCUCGCGGUAG